CGCUCUCCCCCAACCAAAGCUCGCCCGCCAUGGCCAUGGCCUCCACCUCCUCCUGCUCCUCGCGGCCGCCGCUCCUCCACCCGGCCUCCAGAACCCCGAACCCCUCCCGCCUCCCGCCGCUCGUCUCCAGGGCCUCCUCCUCUCCCCGCCCGCUCCUCCUCUCCUUCGCUCCGCCCGCGCGCGGGCGGUUCCGCGCCGCCGCUGUGCAGCAAUCCGACUUCGAAGACGGGGAGGAGGAAUGGGAUGGGGAGGUGGAAGAGGAGUAUUACAGAGAGGAGGAGGAGGUGGAGGAAGGGGAGGAGAUGGACGUGGAGGCGAUGGAGGAGGAGGCGCGGGCCGCCGCCGCCGACCUCGCCGCGCGCCUCGACCGCGAGCUCCGCGUCGAUGGUGAUGUUCGGGAGAAAAGAAGAACCAUGAGGGAUAAGACAUCGACAUCUAAACAUAUCCCAGACAAUAAUCUUCCGAAGGUGGCAAUUAUUGGCAGGCCAAAUGUUGGUAAAUCUGCACUGUUCAAUCGUCUUGUCGGGAGCAACAGGGCUAUCGUUGUCGAUGAACCUGGUGUGACCAGAGAUCGUUUGUAUGGACGAUCUUACUGGGGUGAUCAAGAGUUUAUGGUUAUUGAUACUGGGGGUGUGAUUACUCUUUCAAAGUCUCAAGCAGGUGUAAUGGAAGAGCUUGCCAUCACAACUACUGUUGGUAUGGAUGGGAUUCCUCUGGCCUCUAGAGAAGCUGCUAUUGCCAGGAUGCCAUCAAUGAUUGAAAAACAAGCUGUUGCUGCUGUUGAAGAAGCAACUGUACUUCUAUUCCUUGUGGAUGGUCAGGCUGGUCUUGUGGCAGCUGACAUAGAAAUUGCUGAUUGGUUACGUCGGAACUUCUCACACAAGUGCAUCAUACUUGCUGUAAACAAGUGUGAAUCCCCAAAGAAAGGGCAAAUGCAAGCAUUAGAAUUUUGGUCACUAGGGUUUACACCUGUAUCAAUAUCUGCUAUUACUGGCACUGGAACUGGAGAGCUCCUUGACAUGGUCUGUUCAGAACUGAAAAAUUUCGAGGUGUUACAGGGACUAGAAGGGUUGGAUGAUGUUGAAGAAGACGAAAACCGUGUUCCUGCAAUUUCCAUCGUUGGAAGACCAAAUGUUGGGAAAAGUAGUAUUCUAAAUGCUUUGGUUGGAGAAGAUAGAACUAUUGUAAGCCCAGUUAGUGGGACCACCCGUGAUGCCAUUGACACUGAGUUCACCACAGAGGAUGGGCAGAAAUUCAAACUCAUUGAUACCGCAGGCAUCCGGCGAAGAGCAGCAGUUGCUUCUGCUGGCAGCACAACUGAAACGCUUUCAGUAAAACGUGCAUUUAGUGCCAUUCGUCGGUCUGAUGUGGUUGCCCUUGUUGUUGAAGCGAUGGCCUGCGUUACAGAGCAGGAUUAUAAAAUCGCAGAAAGGAUCGAGAAAGAGGGAAAGGCGUGUGUCAUUGUUGUGAACAAAUGGGAUACAAUUCCAAACAAGAACAAUGAGAGCACUACGCAUUAUGAACUAGAUGUAAGAGAGAAGCUCCGAGUACUUGACUGGGCACCUAUUGUUUAUUGCUCGGCAAUCAAUGGGAACAGCGUUGAAAAGAUUAUUUCGGCCGCUUCUUUGGUCGAAAAGGAAAGGUCCAGAAGACUUGGCACCUCUAUUCUUAAUCAAGUGGUAAGAGAAGCCGUAGCAUUCAAAGCACCGCCGCGGACAAGAGGCGGCAAAAGAGGCCGUGUCUACUACACAACACAGGCCGCUGUCCGGCCGCCGACGUUCGUGCUCUUCGUGAACGACGCGAAGCUCUUCCCGGAGCCGUACCGGCGGUACAUGCACAAGCAGCUCCGGUCUGACGCCGGGUUCCCGGGCACGCCCAUCCGGCUGCUGUGGCGCAGCAGGAAGCGGGCGGACAAGCAGCGGCGGAAGUCCAACAACACGGAGGCUCGUGGCUCGCUCGUAGGAGCCAGUUCGUAGCACGUGAAAAGGAAUGCCAGAAAAGGAAUGCAUGCCUCUAUGUCGCGAAAGAAAAAGAGAAGAAAUGUACUAGCGAGUUAUUAGGACCGUCACAAGGCUAUAGAGCUUUGAAGCUUUGAACUUUGGUUUCAACCAGAUUUUCCGGUCUAGAGAUCAUAUUCAUAUCUCAUAGUAAUAUAAGUCAAUACUAACACCA